AUGCGCUUCACUGCUAUCUCUCUUGCUACUAUUGCCUGCCUUGUCGCCACUGCUCAAGCUGCUCCUCCUCCUCAACUUGCUCCUUUGGCUCUUGGCAAGCGUGUUUUAGGUGUUGAUGGCAACGGUGUUGCUGGUGCUACCUCUGCUUUAGGUGGUUGCAAGAAUCCCGCUCCUGCUGGUCCUAAUGGAUACCCUACUGUUGAUCCCUCGGUCACAUCCCCCAAGGGUGUUGUUCAAAGCUUGGUUGAAUCCUUGUAUCCAGGCCUUUCCAAUACCACCGGACAAGUCGAUGAAUUGGUUGCUGAUAUCCUCAGCGCUCUUGGUGCUGACAAACUCGCUGGUGGUAUUCUCGGUGGUGCAUUAGAUGCCGUUAACGACCUUGCACAAAAGCUUGGCUUGGAAGUUGGAUGCAUUGUCCAAAUCGUCAAGGAAACGGUUGAGAAGGUUUUGGGUGCCGACAAAGCCAAGGCUCUUGAAGCUGCUGGUGGCGAUGCUGCAUCAUCAUCCCAACAAUAA